GACGGCAGGUACCGGUGGCCGCGUGGCCGUCCAGCUCGCCGCUGGUCGUCCUCCGCGGGCAGACUCAGGCUCGCGAGCGGUCGAAGCUCGCGCACCAGUUCCCGCGAUCCACCAGCACCAGCGCACAACCCCCGUCCCGGCGUGCACGCGACGAGGGGAGAUACACGCCUACACGCAGAGGCGGCUCGCGAAGACGGGGAAAGCUUCCGCGCAUCCGUCCGAGCUUCGUGUUUCACGAACACCCGUCGCGUCGUCGGCUGGCCUGGCUUCAGUAAGCUCGGAGCUUUCGACCGGCACGGUCGACCGUUACGCGAUCGUCGCGCCGCCGGAACCCGCGUCCCGACGUCAAUCCUACGCAGUACCCAGGACACAUGUGCGUGACGGUGAACUAAAUUCCAUCGAGGGUGGGGAGGGCGGGAGGCGAGGGAGCACGAAAAAACGGACUGGUUUCGUUGGCGAACCCCGCGAACCCGUAGGACCCUGACGGCGUGGCGAAAGAAAAUCCAUAAUCCAUCGGAGACCCGGUGAAACGUGCCCCGGCGAGGCUGGCCAGCGAAACGAGCAGAGUCGAGAGCGGCUCGGAGACAAGAGGAGAUAAACGUCGAUCAAAGGGACGCUCUCGGGGUAUACGGACGACGUUCCGCCGGAAUGCGUCGACGCUGACGGCCGGGGGCUGACGAGAGGACCCCGGUGCACCGGGUGAACGUCGACACCGCACUCGAUCCUGGCGACACUCCGCCGAGAGGACUCGACCGGCGAAGUCACGAUGACACGGGACGAGCGUUACGUCGAGAUCGAUGCAAACGUGGAACCGUCGCGAUUAUCGUUACGGGAGACGAACGGGGGGCCGGGACGCCCGGCACUGGGCCAGCCCGCGACUGAUCUCCAAGGUUAAAUAGGACAACGACGGAGACCGUUUAACGCUCGAGCGUUACGAGAGUCGUCGAGAGAUUUUUUUUCACACAGGGCUGUGAGAACUGUUGGUCAGAUUAGGGGUUAGGUCUACUUUUGAUUCCACGGUGUUACGAAACCUUUUUUUUAAGAGGUUAAAUAUGGUUUUUUAGGGGGAAUCACGAGGCUGUAGAAUUUAGUUCGGGAGCCUGAGUAACCAGUGCUUCUCACGACACGAAAUGAUUUGACAUGCGAAUGGCGAAGAGUAUUUUAUUCGAAUAUGAUCUUCAAAGGGGAUUUUUCGCGAUCACGAGGCCGUUAUGUAAUCCUCGACGAUCGGAUUAGGAAUUAAGUCGAGCUCUGAUUAGAGGACGGCUAAAUGGCCAGGACGAUUGAAGGGUUGAGACCAUUUUACGCGUUUCGAGGGAACCUAUGAAUGAUCGACGUUAACCGGUGCAUCCGGAUUGCCCUGUCCGGGGCUGUUACGAAACCAAAUUGAAUCCUCGAUGGACGUUUCGACGUCGACGCGUGGACAGCAAAGGUACCUUGACCCGUGGAAGUCGGUGAAUACGAUUUUCCAAGGGUCCGGAGUGGCGAAACCCGACGGGCCACGAGGUUAUUACGAGGAUAACCUCGGAUCAAAAGGAUAGGCGGAUGAAUGAAAACUCGAGUCGUCCGUUUCCAAGGGAAAUCAAGAUUCCAACGGAAGCAAAUACGAUCCCCGACGAGUCUAAUGGGUCUCAAGAAAUCACGAUGAUUCCAGAAUUAAACAGGGGAUAAUUCACGACUGGCGAAGAUGCUUCACGGUGGUCGAACAAAGGGUUGGAUCGAUCUUUGAUCAGGGGACGGUUAAACGGUCGCGAUCGAAGGGGUGCCACGACAAUAAGGCCGUUUCGUGCGUUUCUAUAAACCGAAAAAUUGAAUAGUCUUGGCCCGGAGAGUUUACGACGAUUAUACAAAGGGGUGUUUUGACGUCAACGCGUCGACGACAAAGAAGGGUAUUUUAACCGGUGAAAGUCGGUGAAUAUGACUUUCGAGGACUCCGAUUGGCUGGAUCUUGGAAAGAUCGCGGUGAUUCUUCUCCGGAGUUAAACGAAGUUAUUAUAAGGGCCACGGGCGAUGCUUCGAUGCUGUCGCACAAAGAAUUAACUCUCGCUCGAUUGCGGGUCCAGGGAUGCAGUAAAAAUGCGGUGCACGGUUAACAGGAGUGAAUAAAAGGACACAGAGGCGUCGGCGAGGCCUCGUGGCUGAAAUAUUCACGCGACGGACCGACUCGUCGCGGGAAAGAUCGAUGGUUCGGGAGUUGCGAGCGGAGAGCACGUAAACUUUCACAAAGCGACGCGAGCACAAUGUCGACGAUCCUCGUCGCGAUCUCGAGUUAGCGUCGAGAUACGUCGCCCGCCAUUGCAGUCCAAUGGUAAUUAAUUCAGACCUAAGAUGAUAUGGAGUCCGAAGACGAAGUGGACGAAGAGCUGCCGGAGGCAAAAGACACGAAGGUGAACGACAGCUUGGAAAGUUUCGGGACGAUGAAAAUUUCGACGAAGCUCGUCUCGUCCAAGAUGGUGGAGAGAAGCGAGUGCCAGCUGGUGCGGUCACCGAAUCCCGAGGAACCGGACGCGCCUGAACCGUGCAAGGAACCCGGCAAGAUGAGGUCGUGCGCCUCGGAGAAAUCAAAAUUACCUUUAAGCGCGAGCACCAAGACUGAACUGAAGGAAACCGACAUCGCCAGGCUGUGCAGAAGCAAACGAAUCAUGUGCCAGGAAACUAUACACGAGUACGACGAGGACGACGGUCUCACCAUGGAGAAAGUCGGAAGGUACCUCGAGGCGUAUCCCGACGUAGCGGAGACUUGGCUUCGAGAGAACGCGAGCUACGAGCUUCGUCAGCGGCUGCAAACCGUGGCCCAGCCUCAGACCAAGUCGCCUGUUAGGAGCUUGCACCGGGAGGAGAGCCUCCUGACCCGAAGUAAACGCAACAGCGUCACCUCGGACUUGUUUCAGAACUGGCUGGCGUCCAGCUCGCCGGCGAAACGCAGCACGAGUCCCAGCAGGACUUACACGUCGUUGGUGGGACGACGGGAGGAGCUCAACAGGCUGGACGAGAGCGAUCUGUUCAUGGAACUGAUCAGGGACGUGGCGAACGAGUUGGACAUCAACGUUCUCUGCCACAAGAUCCUGGUGAACGUGGGCCUUCUCACUCACGCGGAUCGUGGCAGUCUGUUCCUGGCCAAAGGACCUCUGGAGGACAGGUACCUGGUCGCUAAACUGUUCGACGUGACGCAGGACACGGAGCUCGAGGAGGCCAUUCAACGCGCGAAGAACGAGGAGAUCAAGAUACCGUUCGGGGUGGGAAUCGCCGGCUACGUGGCUCAGACCAAGGAGAGCAUCAACAUCAAGGACGCUUACAAGGACCCAAGGUUCAACAGCGCCAUCGACAUGCGAACGGGUUACAAGACGACGUUGAUCCUGUCUAUGCCGAUCUGCAAUUACGAGGGCGACGUGAUCGGGGUAGCGCAGAUCAUAAAUAAGACCAACGGGAGCAACGAGUUCACGGAGAGAGAUGUCGAGGUGUUUCAGAGGUACCUGACCUUUUGCGGUAUCGGUAUACAAAACGCGCAACUGUUCGAACUCUCGGUGCAAGAGUACCGCAGGAACCAGAUCCUCCUGAAUCUCGCGAGGAACAUAUUCGAGGAGCAGAACAAUCUCGAGUGCCUCGUCACCAAGAUCAUGACCGAGGCGAAAGAGCUGCUCAAGUGCGAAAGAUGCGCCGUGUACCUUUUGGACCUGGACUGCGGCGAGGCAGGCCACCUCGAAAAGAUCGUCGAACGACCCGGUAAAUCGACGCAAGAGAGCAGAAAGCCAUUGUCGAGGCGAGAGAGCAACAACAUCGAGGUGGAGGACAUUUUCCAACAGCACGCAUCGAACGAGAGCAACAAGUUCACUACCAUCUUCGAGAUGGACAACAAGAGCGAGGAGGCGAAGGUGUACAGGCCGAGCGGGGGCGAUCUUGCCAGUCCCCUGGGCCAGAUCGCGAGGUACGUGGCGCUGACGGGGCAAAUUCUCAACAUCGGCGACGUGGCCACGUGGCUCAAGAAGGACGUCAUCCAAUCGGGGAACGAACCGAUCAAGAGCAUCCUCUGCAUGCCCAUAGUUAACGGCCAGAGAACCGUCAUUGGCGUUGCUCAGUUGAUCAACAAGGACAACGGAACGUCCUUCACCGACUCGGACGUGUCGAUCUUCGAGGCGUUCGCCAUAUUCUGCGGUCUCGGUAUACACAAUACCCAGAUGUACGAGUCAGCGUGCAAGCUGAUGGCCAAACAGAAGGUCGCCCUCGAGUGUCUGAGCUACCACGCGACCGCCAAUAACGACGACACGGUUAAGCUGAUCUCCGAGACGAUACCUUCCGCGGACUCGUACAAUCUCUACAGCUUCACGUUCAUCGACUUUGAUCUGACCGACGAGGACACCUGCAGAGCCACCAUACGGAUGUUCAAGCAAUGCAACUUGAUUCACAAGUUUCACAUACCGUACGAAGUCCUGUGCAGGUGGAUCCUCAGCGUCAAGAAAAACUAUAGGCCGGUCAAGUACCAUAAUUGGAGGCACGCGUUGAACGUGGCUCAGACGAUGUUCGCGAUGCUGAAGACCGGGAAGAUGGAGCAGUUCAUGACCGACCUGGAGAUCCUUGGACUCCUGGUGGCGUGUCUGUGCCACGACCUGGACCACCGUGGAACGAACAACGCGUUCCAGAUGAAAACCGAGUCCCCGUUGGCCAUCCUGUACUCGACCAGCACCAUGGAGCACCAUCACUUCGAUCAGUGCGUGAUGAUCCUCAACUCCGACAGCAACAACAUCUUCCAGAGCCUCUCCAUGGAGGAUUACAGAAGGGUGAUGAAGGUGGUCGAGAGCGCGAUCCUCUCCACCGACCUGGCGGUCUAUUUCAAGAAGAAGAAUCGCUUCAUGGAGCUGAUAGACGAGGGGGAGUUCGACUGGCAGAGCGAAGAGAAGAAAGAACUGCUGUGCGGCAUGAUGAUGACAGCCUGCGACGUAAGCGCGAUAGCCAAGCCCUGGGACGUCCAGCAUCGCGUGGCCAAGCUGGUGGCGGACGAGUUCUUCGACCAGGGCGAUCUGGAACGUCUGCAGCUGAACCAACAGCCUGUGGCGAUGAUGGACCGCGAGAGGAAGGACGAGCUGCCGCAGAUGCAGGUCGGUUUCAUCGACGUGAUCUGUCAGCCGCUGUACAAGGUCAUGUCAGACACCUUCCCCUGGAUAAUGCCUCUCUACGAGGGCACCAUGGAGAACAGAAGGCACUGGCAAGACCUCGCGGAGAAGGUCGAGAUGGGUCUGACGUGGAUCGACCGCGACACUAUCGACGAACCGGUCGAGGAAUUUGUCGCGUACGAGCCCAAGGACAUCGAGUUCACGGUCACUACGCUCAACUGCGCGCACCCGGAGAGAAAAGAGGUGCCGGAGAAGUCCGCGCUAGGACGAUUCGCGUCGCUGAGGAAAGGCAGUCGCACGUUGAGCAAAGGCGUCAGGCAUCGUAUCAGCAGGUCGCUGUACGCGAGAAGCACGCCGGAGGACGCCGCGAAAUCGAAGGCUCUGAUCCCCGACCGGAAGAGCCGCAACAAGCUCUGUUCGCUCAUUUGACGCAUCACGUCCACCACGCUUCAGAGCCUGUGAAUCAAAUCGAGAACGUUCUCGACCGUCUGCGCUUACCGACGGACGAGGAAGAGAGACACCUUCGACUCCAAAGGUCGUUCUCCGGCCGCCUUAACGCGUGGGUCGACCAAGGACGCUCGGCACCUUGCAGGUACCGUAAAUCAUUUUCGAAACGGACGCCACCGAGAACCGUUGGAGAAAGUCCCAACGGGUUAGGUCGCUGACCAGAAAACUUCACCCGACCCACUCUCCCCUCUAUCGGAGAAACGGAGACGCGGCGAUCGCCUCGAGACUGGGACGGUAGAGGUCGCUACGAUUCAAUUGUCAGAGAGGGUGGGGAUGGUCGUAACCUGCGCCGACGUAGCUCGUGAACGCAGGACAACGAACGGUGAAUAUGAACUCGAUUUCGACAAUCUUUUUCUAUUAUAGUCUCGAUAUCGUAGGAUAGCCCGAAGGACGGACGUCGACGGACCGGGGGAACCGAACGUUGGAUACUUUUUUCUGUUUUCUUUUUUGUUCUUUUUUUCGUGAAACGUAGCAGGAUCGACCGUUUUUAUAUGUCACAGCGAACGAAACACGCGUCACGUUUCGAUUCACGGCGAAGGACUCGAGGAGAAACCAGUUGGGCGUAUCGGUGUGUCGGUGUGACACCGACGAACAGAUCCGACGGCGAGUCGGUGCGGAUUGAAUUAAAUGGAUUCCGUUGCGUCACGCGACCGUCGCCGGCCGCGGAAAACGAAAACGCGAGUUUCGUGUUUAUCGUAUCGACCUGUCCCCCGUUUCUGUAAUUAGUUGUUCGCCGUUUUCUCGGACCAAAGGCGAUACGAACGAACACGAUUAACGAAGCUCGAAAAAUAACGGAGGUCCUCCGACCGACGGCGGCUGAAUCGACUCUACGGAUAUUGUUAUCGCCGCGACGUGUCGGGCGCAGUGUUUUUAAGCGAACGUGAGAAUUCAGCGACACGAGUGAGACUGGUUUCUAGUCUUUUGAUAUAGCCACGAGUGCGAGCAUGCUGUCGGAGACUAUUGUGUACGACAAAAUAAAAUCUGAAUGUGCUCAAAGAUGUGUCUCUCCAAUCUAUUCGCCUUCUCCCCCGCUUCGUUUCCUUCGUUCGCGUGCAACCAAGGUCGAGUUUCAAUGUUGUAUUGCACGCGAUACUCGGGUUUUAAGUAGCGCAUAGAUAAACAGAACUGUACCUCUUAUUUCACGUGACACAGAUUCACUUGUACACGUGUACGUAAGAUUAAGUGCAUUUCGAAUUUGCAUUUAAUACUCCUGACUGUUCGUAUCACGGAAGUACUUGACUAUUCAACCUUUGAAGCGUUUGAAAAUGUUAUAACCUUCUGUCGGAUCAUUUAAGGAACAGCGAAUACUGAAACGUUCCGGG